UCCCAACCUUACUGUCUCUUUUUGUGCACUUUCAGAUGUCCUAAAUGACGAAUCAGUGGAAUUGUGCCUAUUUUAAUCAGAAACAUAGUCUCAAACAAAACUGUUUCUUAGCACUUCUGCAAGGGCGCCGCCAUCUUGGAGUAGACCCACAAUCCACCGCGUCCGGGAGUAUGCGCUGGGAACGUCACAGCGCGUCAUCGAAACUGUUGAUGUGGGACUCUGAGACAUCAGUGAAGAAUAUCCGAGUAACCCCCAGACGUCUACAUGUAGUAUUGUUAUUCAGACUGAUAUGCUGCCUCAUCCAGCCGUGUUUCACUUCCCAUGGGAGAUCCACCUAAUAAAAGAUGGUGCAUCCGUGCGAACGUGUGGCAGACUUACAAGCUACAAGCCACAGGAGUCCAAAGCCAUUCUUAGCACUCAGCAGUCAUCUAUAUUGUACCAGGUGACCGUGCAAACAACAUUUGUUGAACCUUUCCAGCCCAUACUUGGAGCUCAGUAUCUUGUUCUUGGAGAGAUUGAAAAAGCUGAGGGUGUUAGUGGAGUUGUACUGUGUGCCCGUGCUUUGAAUUGCGUUGAUGGAGUGGACCUCGCACUAAUGCAGCAGGCCAUUCUGGAACAGAGAUACUUCUUUAAGGAGAGAAAGCCUGAACUGAAUAUGCCAGAACCCUUAUCCCCGUCAAAAGUAUAAUAUCUAUGAAAUGUUGAAAAUAAUGUCAAAAAAUAGAAUCAUUUCAGAACACGGUAAUUAUGCCGCCUCUCAAAAGCAUAGAUUUGUCUGCUGGAUUUUGCUAAAACUUCUCAAUUUUACUGUUAUUUCUACUUUUUAACUGUUAUACACUUGUGAAAUAUACUGUUGUUUCUGUUGUAUAAUUUAUUUACACAUUUUAAUUAGCAUAAUUAAUGCUGCACAUCAAUAUGUACGGUUUUUCCAUUGAAAUACCCCAAAACCACUCGCAUAAUCCCAAAUGUUUUCAAUCAUGUUUGGAUCCAGAGAAAUCCAAAUUCAGUUUUAACCAUUUGGUAACAUCUAUCCUUUCCUAGCUCCGUGGUUAGAGCAUGGCACUAGCAAUGUCAAGGUCAUGGGUUCGAUCCCAGGGAUUGCACAUAUUUAGAAACAAAUGUAUAGUAUAAUGCAAUGUAAGUCGCUUUGAAUAAAUUGGGUCUGGUUAGACAAUUUGUCCGACUUUGAUCGGCGCUGCAGCCGCCUUUUGAUCACAUGUGCCAUUAAAGUACCGCGAAGGAGCAAAACGAGACCAGCCACCUAUAGGUCAGGCUCUGCAGUUGCUCAAAAUCGGCUGCGAAAGCCUUGAUGAUGACACACUUUAUCUCAUUGGCCAGAAUGUUCACGUGUAAAUAUGACAUGUGUUGCGUGUUUAUUCUGACACACUUGGUUAUGAUUAUACUCACAAAUUAGAUUUUUGUAUCACAUUUUAUGUUUAUUGAACUGAGCUUAAUGCAAAAAAAAUAGGUAUUCCUAUCAUAUUCACUUAAUCAGUGAUAAAGAAAUUAAUAUCCCGUGGUCUGCUGUAGGUUCAGCUCCCUACAGGAAGAACGAAGUAUCCGACCUGACGGCCAUCUUUUUACUCCUCUCCCGCCUGCAACCGGCUGAUCUCGCCAGUCGGUGGCAGGCUUGUAUGGGUCAACUCGAACAAUCCUAUUGCCGUGCCCAAAUACCCUUACUUGCGGUUUUAGCCACUUGAGAGUGCGUGCACAUGACAGGAAGUAAGAUCGCAAGUCUGUCCAAUGUCUUAAAAACGCCAAAGUGCAGUGCCCUUAAAGCACACUAAACCCACACAAUGGCCCUGUCCCAAAUGGCGCACUCCGGUCUUGUGGACCUCCUCUGAGUCCACACUUGGUGACGUCACGAAGUGCAGACCUAUAGGGCACAAGUCCACAAGGGUACAUGGGAGUGCAUUUUGGGACAGACUUGAGGUCAUCACACCGGAAAGAGCAAGCGGUGCUUUCUAAUCUCUCUCGCGGUUGUCAUACACUGAUCAGUCUGCGCAGCGCCGUUUGAAGUCAAUCACACUUGUUGUCCCAUUGUAGUUAUUUGGGACUGGAGCUGCCGGUUUUUAUUGUUCAGUAUUUCAUAUGUUGAUAUACCACCCGAGCAUUAUACAAUAGAUACUUAUGUUUGUAAUGCAUUAAUUUGUCAUGACGUAAAUGCAACUGCUUAUGUAUAUGUAUUUAUUUGUAUACACUAUUCUUCUGUAUACACUUCUUAAUAUGCAUAUAUGUUGUUAUUUAAUAUUUCUCUAUAAUACAGAAGCUGUGUUGUUCAGCUUUACAGAGCCCAGAAACAGAUAUAAAUCUACAACCAAACAUGGCUUAUACCUUAAGUAAGAAAAUGCACUGCAUUAAAAGUUUUUAUUCUUGAAUAGCUGGCUUAAUAGAAAAUAAAUAAGCAAUAAUAUGAAUAAGUAACUAAUUAAUAAAUUAAUUUAGAAUUUUAUCAAAACAUACAUUUAAAAAUGUAUCCUUCAUGUUUACGUAUAUGUCUGACAUCCACGACACUCCUCCCAUCCGUUCUGUGAUUGGGCGCUGGCAAGGAUUCCUAGGUAGGCGUCUUCAGUGGAGUCUGCGUCAAUGCGGGCUUCGCCGAAGACCGCAUCGAGGGCACAAAGGAGGCGCUCGCGAGCAGACUUCUGAGCGCCAAAAAGACAAAUGGGACACCCUACGGACUCGUAGACUUGGCAAGAAAGCGCAAUUUAAGUCCACGAGACCGCAAGUGGGCCAUUUGGGACAGGGCCUAUCUUCAGGGCUAAGUGUAUCCCAUCAUGCAUCACGGUCUGGAUAUAUCAUGAUACUUUUUGCUCGGGUCUCACGAGAUGUUGCGGAAUGCUUUCCAUUGUAAGUUAUACAACUACUUUUAUAGGUUAUAUCUAAUUAUUCUAUUUUGGCUAACAUGUGAUUUUCUUUUGUUUUUGGGGUACAGCUGCUUUGAUACAAUACAAAUAAAGCACUACAAAAACAAAUCUGACUUGACUAUAUAAUUAGAUAUUACAUAGAAUUUUGUAGUAAAACGUAGUGUUACAACUCCAGAGUUGUGUAUGUUGUAAAACUGCUUUUAUCACAUAAUUAGAAACAUCACAUUAAUUAACGUUAUAUAUUUGAACUGGCUAAGUGUGUCGCAUAGGGUUAGAAAUACUACAUGCUCACUUGGGAUCUUCACACCCACUAGAACACUUGGCCCAAAAACAAGUGCAAAGACCGCAAGUGGGGGUAUUUGGACGCAGCCUUUAGACUUGGUCGGCAUUGCUGGGAACACCAAUAUUGCAUAUUUACCGACGAACUUUGUUCAUAUUUAUAUAUCCAAACAGUCGAUAACAGUAAGCGGGUUUCCAUCACUCUGGUUUUAUUCUUAUUUUGAAGUUUCGCAUCAGACACGAGUGAUGGAAACGCCAAAUUUCUAAUUAAAAACCCUUAAUUCGCAAAAAAGUUUUUAAGAUCGCUUGAGGUGGUUUUUCAUUUUUGCGAAAAAGGGUUAAUGCGAAUAAUAGGAGAUGGAAACGCAUUUGCCGAAUAAAUUCCUCCAAAAACUCACCUAACUGCACUAUGAGACGGCCGGUGUAACCUGACUAACCAGAGUAAUGAUCUUGUGACACAGCAUCAGAAAUGUUGUGAUGGUCAUUCUUAAACGCCUGAGCAAAGUCGUCAAGUAUUUCUGUAAUUGCCUCUUAGAACUGUCACGACUGUGUUUCCCGAACAGCAGGCAUCCACAAAAGCACCGCAUUUAUUGAGUUUUCUAAUCGUCUGUUUGCGCAAGUAUUAUUAUAUAUGAAAACUAUUAUAUUCAGUGGCUUCUCUUACUUUUCUUACUGAUAUUUAGUGCCAGUUUAUUAGGAAGUGACGGUUGACUAGUUGGAUGGAAACGGUGCUUAUUCGCAAAUGUUUUAUGCUAUAUUCCAAUUUUGCGCAUAAGCUAAAUUGGCAACUUUGGAUGGAAACCCGGCUAGUGACAGGUUGUUGGAAACGCUGUUUUGUACUCAUUUUAUUCACGAGUUACCUGUCGUAUGGUGCUGCUUCUUCCUGCCGGGAAAGAGAGACCUCGCGCUCGUGGGGCAGCACUGGCGAUAUUUUCCCACUGAAUGAAAGCUAAGGUUUAUCCAAGAAGUCGCUACAUUUGUCGCUAUGCGCUUCUUCUAAACAAAAGCCGCUGGAGGGCUCGUAAAAGUGAUUAAAUCAGAAGACAGACUUCCUAAUUUAGAAACACUGUUUUGUGUGUGCACCUCCAUGUGCGCGGGAGAGAGAAGCGCACGGCAGAAUGAAUAUGGCGUAAACGCUGUUAUGUGAAAAUGUUUUCUCUUGCCUGGGCCCCAAGCGCGCAUGGGCCCCUGGGCCUGUGCCCAUAAUGCCCAUUGGAUAAUCCGGCCCUGCUCUUACAGUCUCCUUUUAAAGAAUUAAGUCAACUUAAAAGUAUGAAUAUCAUACUUUUUACUCCACUACAUUUAUAAAAAGGUCCAAAAGUAGAAAAUGGUUUCUAUGCAGCGGGUUUCCUGUGUGCGCAAUUUAUCUGGCAUGCGAUCUGCCAGGAUUUUUUACUGUUGCCAAGUAUUUCAGUUUUUCUAUGCUCGCUGUUUUCCGGCAAGCUUUGAAUGGCCAUUUGGCAGAUUUUUUAGAGCAAAUCUGGCAACUCUGGGAUCUUCCCCGCUAAACUAAUGUAAACGUAGGCGCUGCUACACCAUUGAUAGCGCUCUAAAAAGGCAAAUAGAACAUUAAAAGACGAAAAAGGCACAUGUUAAAGUGUGGUGUAAUCAUCUGUGGGUUACGAUCAGUCAAAGAUCGUAGAAACAUUGUCAUGAAAAUGAUCGGCAUAACAGCUAAACGGUAAAUAAGCAUCACAUACACCUUGAGCUACGCGUGCGUGUUAACUUCUGAUCUAACUUUACUACUAUAUCAUUUAAAGCGAUUUGGAAAAUGAAUGAUGUUUUUGCUGAAGUAGUUGAAGUAUUCCUGUUGAAAUAAAAACAAUAGAACCCUGCCCAAAAUACAACAUAAAAUGUAAUGGAUUUAAUGGUUAUAAUGGGAAUUGUACUAUGGAUAUUUGUUGUCUACUUGUAUGUGAUGGAUUCUAUUGGUGGGAUGGUAAAUCCUAUUGGAAUAAAACCCAAAACACACUACAAAGAGGAAUUUAAUUAAAAAAUCUCAUUCUAAUUAAAAAAUUCAUUGUUUUUUUUCAGCAGGGAUGGUAUUUGCAGUAAAACCACAGUAUCCACAAAUGUACCAUUUUCU